AUGUCCACCUUCAACUGGACCGUGGUGGUCCUCACCUGCCAGCACAAAGACAGCGUCUACGCGUUCCACCGAGGUUCAGGUCGCGCCUUCCCGUGGAGUUCGUGCAGCCGAGCAUUCUCGUGGCUGCCUGUGGAGGAUCCCGCCCUCGGGGUUCAGGCCCCCAUCUGCUGCCUGGAUGUGCUGCUCAGCCAUCUUACUCAACAGGUUUGCCCGGGGUCUCCUCCUGGCGUUUGGGUGUGCAGCACGGACAUGACGUUCACCGUGCCAGCAAACUUCGUGCUGUCGUGGAACAGCUUUUCAGGUGUUCGUGCUCUGGCGCUCCCCGGUGACGUGUCGUACGCCGUCAAUCAUGGUGUCUACUUGAGUGACCAAAAGGGUCACAUCAGGGACAUCAUCUACAAGGGAAGCCCAGAACACAUCCAGCAAGCGCUGAUGCAUGAUGGAAAAGUGCCUCUGGUUUCAGGCCCGGUGUUCUUUAGCCGCCCCGUGGCCGAGAAACUUCUACAGUUGCAUGUGACACCUCCUCUGGAUGGUUGCACCUAUCUGGGCCUGGACUCUGGAGCUCCACCCUUUCAGCUGUCCCUGUUCCUGGAUGUGCUCAAGUGUUUGUGUUCGGAUCUGACGGAGGAUGAGUUUGUAGGCGGCGGCGCUCCCGCGUCUGGACCUCGGGCGGCGAUGUUGCAGCGCGGCAGGAAAGAGCUGUGGCGGAUCCUGAGAGGAACGGCGCUCAGCCUGGCGUACGUCCCCGAUGGGAGCUAUGACUACAUGACUCUGUCCGGGAAGGAGCACAUCCUCCGUCUGACGCUGGACCCCACCCAGGGCCACGCCCUCUCCCAUAUUCAGGUAGUCAGUGGCGUCAGUGACGGGGGGCGAAUCAUCAACAGCGUUCUGGAGGGAGAGGUUAUUGUGGCGACCGGGGCCGUGGUGCAACACUGCCACCUACAGGGUCCCCUGCGCGUCCCCUUUGGUUGUUUACUGUCAGGCCUGGAGGCGUCCACGUCCCCCGACAUUGCACGUCUGCCGCUGGAUCAUGACAUCAUCAUUCAGGGACAUCGUAUCAAGCUGGGCGACCUGAAGCUGAAGGUCUACACCGUGAUGGGAGGACUGGACGAUCUGGAGCUGCGCUGCGAUGCCCAAGGCGCGUCCUUCGUCAACAUCCCCUGGCACCUCUUCUUCAGCAGGACCGGCAUACAGCCAGAGGACCUGUGGGAGGCGGGAGGACGGCGCUGCCUGCUGGAGGCGCGACUCUUCCCGUUCCUGCACCCCUCAGAGGGCGGCGUGGGCCUGGCGGGGGGCGUGGGCUGGCUGCUGGGCGGAGCCGGCUGCGCGCAGCGCUGGCGGAAGGCUUGGCGACUUUCCCUGAAGGAAGUCCUGUUGCUGACGCACCAGGAGGCGGAGCUCCGCUGGAGGGAAACGUUGCUGUUCCUGGCGGGCAGGAAGAGGACCAAAGAUGCCCUAAUAGGGCAGAGUGACGUCUGCUUGCUGCCCAGCUUCAGAGCCGCCGUGGCGGGAGGGCAGCAGGGGGCGCUGCUCGACAUGCUGGACAACAUCGCAGCAGGAAGUGCAGCUGAGCAGGGGGAGGAGCCUCAACGCAAGGACUCACAUGAUGAUGGCGAUGUCCACGUGUCAGUCAGUGAGCGGGCGGAGCCUGGAGCCCAGCUGGGUGUGUCCGCCCGCUGCUUGUCGUGCAUCGCAGACGUGUUGACGUCCUGGGCCGAGGCGGAGGGCGGCGGAGGGCUGAGGAGCGGGCCGGCUGCCAACGAGAACUGGAGGGCCGCUUACGCCCUGUUGGAAAAGGGAGAGCUGAAGGGCGGAGUCGAGGCCCUGGCGGCGCAGCGAGCUGAUUGGCUGAGCAGGCCGGACUUGCUGGUGCGAGCGGCGCGGCACUACGAAGGUGCUGCCCAGGUGCUGCUCCGCCGGGCUGUGAUGUCAUCGCAGAAGUUUGUGGCCACUGGGCAGGGGGAACUCCCUCCGAUCGGGCAGUGGCACGAAGUGGAGUGUCCCGCCAGAAUUGACCUUGCUGGCGGCUGGAGCGACACGCCGCCCUUGGCCUUUGAACGCGGCGGCUGCGUGACCAACGUGGCGGUGAGGAUUGACGGGCGGCGACCUAUUGGCGCCCGAGCGCGCCGCAUCCGGCGGCCCCUCCUUUUAUUGGUCAGCCACAGUGGAGGGCGGGACUCCGACGUCGCCGCGGAGACGGUGUGUGAGACCGUGGACCACCUUCAGGACUACUGCCAGCCCAACGCACCCGGUGCUUUGCUGAAGGCGGUGUGCGUAUGCGCCGGAGUGGCGUCGCCAACCUCCCAGGAUCCUUUGGCCCAUCAGUUGACGGCUCGCUGGAGCGGCGGUUUGGAGCUUCACGGCUGGUCUGCGCUGCCCACCGGCUCAGGACUCGGUACCAGCAGCAUCCUGGCGGGGGCGCUGCUGGCAGCGGUCUACGGCGCCACAGGGCGGUCCUACAGCAGGGACGCACUCGUCCACGCUGUACUGCACCUGGAACAAGUCCUCACCACAGGCGGGGGCUGGCAGGACCAGGUGGGAGGUCUGGAGGGCGGUCUUAAGGUGGGCCGCUCCCAAGCGCGUCUGCCGCUGCAGGUGCACGUGGAACGCCUGCAACCGCCCGACGGCUUUGCGGAGGCUCUGGAGCGGCGCCUCCUGCUGGUCUACACCGGGAAGACCAGACUGGCUCGCAACCUGCUGCAGGACGUGGUGCGCAACUGGUACGCUCGUCUUCCUGUGAUGGUUCACAACGCUGACGAGCUGGUGACCAACGGCGAGGACUGUGCCCGAGCCUGUCUUGAUGGUUGCUUGUUGUCGCUGGGCCUCUGUCUGGAUCGUUCAUGGCAACACAAGAAGAGGAUGGCGCCGGGCUGCGAGCCGGCGUCGGUGCGGGUGAUGAUGGAGGCGCUGAGCCCACUGGUCCUGGGUCAGAGCCUGGCGGGCGCCGGGGGCGGCGGCUUCCUCUGCCUGCUCACCCACCAGCCCGACCACAAAGACGAGGUUGUUCGCGUCCUCGCAAACACGCCGGGUCUAGGAGAUUUCAGCGUCCACACUGUGCAACUGGACUCGGACGGCCUCACAGUCCUCCAGCCAGUGUAAACACGCGCACACACACACACACUCCUGUGCACCCCCCCAUAAAAGUACUUUAUGAAUUGAAUACAGUCCAGAACAUAAUCAUGCUUGAAGCAAGUUGUAGUUAAAUGAAUAUUUUACAUGCUAUACUGAGUUCUGAUUCUUUUCUACAAUGUGUGCAUGUGUGUGUGUCUACCGCAGUUUUAUGCCAUCCUUUAAUGCUCAUAUUUAUGUUAUGUGAUCCCUGUGCCGCUGGGUCACAGUCUUUUAUACAUGAAUUAUGAAGUGUCUGAUGAAUAAAAUGUUGAUUAA